UCGCAGCUCUACCGCCAGGGGAAGAACCCCUGCCUGCACCAGCAGCCUCAUUAGGAAAUCUGCAGCUCCACCAACCACAAGGACCAAGCAAACCCUUUCUGCAACUUCCAACUGCGAAAUCCCGGCUCCUCCAGCCCAGCCGACCCCAGGCUGGAGCUCCCCCAGCACGGACUCGCCUACAUGAGGCUGAUGGGCACGCAAUAAAAUCCCAACCAGCCGGGCUCUGGCUAAGAAGAAAAACCACCUCCUGCCACUGGUGAAGACGCGGCAGCCGGCGAGAGUGUUCAGCAUCGUGUUCUGCAGGACAUACCCUCCCGCUGAAAGUUUCGUGGCCCUCUAGAGGAUCAAUAGCCUGGACAUCCAGAGUCAGCACAGUCAGUGGCCGUUUCUCAUCGUGUCCUCCAGGAGGAAGGAAACUUAUCAGAGCCUGGUUCUUGCCCCCUCUUUGAGUCAGUGAUCCAGGUCUUCAUCACAGCCCAAGGCACCACGAGACAGUUUGUCAAUUCUCCCAGUCAGGGGAGGAGAGGCAACUCUGGCAGCAGGACUUUAAAAUCUGCCCAGCAUCUGGUUAAACAGAGCUACCACCACCGGGAGGUUGAGAGAGAACAGCCCGGCACCAUCUGAGCAGGUUCACUGCAAUCUCUCUCUCCCUCUGUGUCUCUCCCCCUCCCUUUCCCCAGCAUCAUUAUAUCACCGCUCUUAACAGAGAGAGUGAGCGCAGAGCUGAGAAGCCCCAGACUAUGGCUCAACCCGACUGAGGAAUUACGUGCUAAAAAGACUUUCUCAAUUUACUGGAAAGCUUAUUGUAAUCAUUGACAAUAGCCUGGCCAGGAGUACUCUCAGCAUCUAGACCCCGGGGGGUGGGGAGAAUAGGAUUAUUGGAGUGGCAAAGAUGCCUUUCACUGGGUGGAUAGUAGGUUUUCUCCUCCUUUGUGAAGCUUCCUUUGGUCUCUACUUCCCUAGGAAAGAUUAUUCUGAGACUGUCUACAUUGAUCAACCAGCCGGUACACCACUACUGCACAUCCGUGCCUUGAGGGAUUCACAUGGGGAGGUGGCCCACUUUCAGCUGUGCCAGCAUCUCUUUAUCUAUCGCGUUGGAGCCUAUGAAAAUCAUUGGUUUCAAAUCAAAGAAAAAACAGGGCUUCUCUACCUCAAUAAGAGUCUGGAUAGAGGAGACUUCGAUAUCCUGUUUGGAAGAAAUUGGGUGUCAUUACCAAAGGUGACAUUUCAUGUCUACCUUUCAUCUCAGCCCUUCCAAGGGAAGGAAUGUGAGACGCCCAUUUCCGCCCUGGUGCAUCUCUCCAUCCUCAAUGCCACUGUACCAGCUUGCAAUGCUCUGACAUCAAGGGAGCUUUGUUUCUCAGAAAUGGAUCUCUCCUUUCACAUCAAGGAGAAUAAACCACCUGGUACAUUUCAUCAGCUUCAGUUACCCCCAAUACAUCACCUGUGCCAGAAUGUCAGCAUUUCCUACAAAUUACUAGCAGUUGACGGGCUGCCUUUUCGCUACAAUGAGAACACCACAGGCGUGAGUGUUGUGCAGCGUUUGGAUCGGGAAGAAAGAGAGAGGUACGAGCUGAUCGCCAAGUGUACAGUGAGAGAGGGCUCCAAAGAGAUGCAGGUCGAGGUGCCCUUCCUGGUCAAUGUGUUAGAUGAAGAUGACUCUGCCCCCUUCCUUCCCAAUGGCACUAGCACGACGGAUGCUGUUGUGGAAUUCAACAGAAAAGAGGGAACUGUCCUAGCCACACUGACUGUGUGUGAUGCAGACACCACACCUAUUUUCCCCAUUGAAAGCAGCAGAAAGAAGUACACAGGCACCAUCAGUACAACUGAUCCGUGGAUUAGCGAAACAUUUCGGGUGGAUCACAUCUUCCACGAGAUCUAUUUCAGCCCCAAUGGCAGCCAAGUGAGGGGAACACUGCAUGAAUACAAACUGAUGCUGAAUAAAAAUAUUUCAGUCACAGAGAACCGUUCCUUCCAGUUGGAUGUUUUGGUGAAUGACACAGAGUUUCAUGGCCCUGAAAGAUCUGUGAUGCUCCACUUCAAUGUCUCCAUUCUUCCCGUCAGCAUUCAGUUCUCUAAUGUGACUUACCAGUUCGCGGUGAACAGAAAUGCUGAACGUUUUGCACAGAUAGGUAAAAUCUGCAUCGAAAACUGCAUGAAGUUCUGUGGAGUAAACAUCACCUACAGGUUGCUGUCUCCCAGUGCCAGCUGCUAUGCUGUAGGGAUACUUCAGGGCCGAGAGGACAAGUAUGGAAGCCUCUAUGUGAAUGACUCCUCUGUGCUACUCAGACCCGAAUGCAAAGAAAUUCAAUACACCAUUGUAGCCUCAGACAAGCAGAGUAAGAAGCAUGCCAAAACCCAGCUCACUAUUACACUGGAAGGAACAGUUAUUAAGAAAGAAGAGGACUGUCCUGAAUCUUGCGCUGUUAAUAAGCACCGUGCUGAAUGUGAAGAGUGUGGUGGUGUAGGAGUGCUAACAGGAAAAUGCGAGUGGAGACAGGGAAGUGGAAAAGGAAUCACCACAAAUUAUUCUACCUGCACCCCAAGCAUCAGGACUUGUCCAGAUGGCACCUGUGACAUUAUAGAGAGCAAAGAUCCAUCAGUGUGCCCCCAAGAUUGCACAAAUGGAAACAUCAUUGGUGGUCAUGAGAGAGGCGCUCAUGGAAUUAAAUCAGGACAUGGGAUUUGUUACUGCUUCCCAAGACAAAACUGUUACUGUGAGAAAGAUGAUAUUAAAGAGCCGCUGUGUGAUGACGUGUGCAAGACCGUGAUUGCAGGGGCAGUUCUGCUCUCCUUCAUUAUCUCAGUGCUGCUCUCUUCUUAUUUCAUCCACCGUUACCACAAGAAUUCUCCGAAACCACCGAUUGCCUCAGCAGAGAUGACCUUUCGGCGCCCAGCCCAGUCCUACCCCAUCAGUUACUCUUCUACAAAUGUCCGUCGGCCAUCUCUGGACUCUAUGGAGAACCAGGUGCCUGUCGACACCUUUAAAAUACCUGAGGACCCCAAAUGGGAAUUCCCCCGGAAGAACCUGGUUCUAGGCAAGACACUAGGAGAAGGAGAAUUUGGAAAGGUCGUCAAGGCAACAGCGUUCAGACUCAAGGGGAAAGCAGGCUACACCACAGUGGCAGUGAAAAUGCUAAAAGAAAACGCUUCCCAGAGUGAGCUGCGAGAUCUGCUCUCAGAGUUCAACCUCUUGAAACAGGUCAACCACCCUCAUGUCAUCAAACUGUAUGGAGCAUGCAGUCAGGAUGGACCUUUGUAUUUAAUUGUGGAAUAUGCGAAGUAUGGUUCCUUGCGCAGUUUUCUCAGGGAAAGUCGGAAAGUAGGACCUAGCUAUGUGGGCAGUGAUGCCAACAGAAAUUCAAGCUACUUGGACAACCCAGAUGAGAGAGCCUUAACAAUGGGAGAUCUGAUCUCAUUUGCAUGGCAGAUAUCUCGGGGGAUGCAGUACCUGGCAGAAAUGAAGCUUGUUCAUCGUGAUUUAGCAGCUAGAAAUGUAUUGGUGGCAGAAGGACGCAAAAUGAAGAUUUCUGAUUUUGGCUUGUCCCGAGAUGUUUAUGAAGAAGAUUCCUAUGUCAAGAGAAGCAAGGGUCGAAUACCUGUUAAAUGGAUGGCAAUCGAAUCCCUAUUUGAUCAUAUCUAUACAACACAAAGUGAUGUCUGGUCAUUUGGAGUUCUGUUGUGGGAGAUUGUAACCCUGGGAGGUAACCCUUAUCCUGGAAUUGCUCCUGAAAGACUCUUUAACCUCCUGAAAACCGGCUAUAGAAUGGAGAGACCUGAAAACUGCAGUGAAGAAAUGUAUAACUUGAUGCUGCGAUGCUGGAAACAGGAACCAGAUAAGAGGCCAACCUUUGCUGACAUCAGCAAAGAACUGGAGAAAAUGAUGGUGAAGAGUAGGGACUACUUAGAUCUUGCAGCUUCCACACCUGCUGACUCCUUACUUUAUGAUGACGGGCUCUCAGAAGAGGAGACACCACUCGUGGACUGUAAUAAUGCUCCCCUCCCUCGAACCCUUCCCUCCACAUGGAUUGAAAACAAACUCUAUGGCAUGUCAUACCCGAACUGGCCUGAGGAGAGCCCCGUUCCACUCACAAGAUUCGAUGGCACUAACUCUGUGUUUUCAAGAUAUGCAAAUGAUAGUGUAUAUGCUAACUGGAUGGUUUCACCCUCAGCGGCAAAAUUUAUGGACAAGUUUGAUAGUUAAAAAUUUCUUUGUGAAAGGUAAUGGACCCGUGAGGGGAGCAAACAUGCAAAGAAUGGAAAGUCCAUUGGCUCGUUCUUUGUACAAUUAAAACUGGUUAAACCAACGUUAAUUUCUCAAAUGGCAAACUCUUUUUUGGUAGUUUCUCAAGUGGUUUUACGCAUGAUCAAGACUAUAAUUGAUUAUUUCCCCUUUCAGGAAACAUAUCAAACUGGAUAAAAGUUGUGGUUCCAGUACUUAUUUUUUAGUCCACCAUUCUGCACAUAGUCCAAUUUGGUAACUGUUUAUUGCAAAUGGCUGUGCACUUCAUGCUUACAAUUUUUUAGGUCAGCUGUCCUGCAUUACAGCUUUCUUGGGUGGGAAAAUGUUGUUGUACUUGAACUGCUACUUUUCUGGUUAUUAACAAAAGGCCACUUGAUCUAAGCAUGAAGCACAAACAGUAUAUGUCGGGGGAAAAAACAUUUGGCUCAAAAUAACUGAGCUUACUGUAGAAUCCAAAGUGUUACCAUGAUGUUGGCACUAAUGAAGCCUAUAUUUUGGUUUCGAAGCCAACAUUAAGUAACUCAGUAGGGAACUUGAGAUUCAACAUUUGAAGUCUUGAAAAGCUGUAAAAAUGUCUUGCCUUGUCUUAAUGAGAAAAGAGUUUGUUUUAUUAUGUUUAAACUAUUCUUACCUUUAGCACAAUGGAGAUAAAUUUGAUACCAGAUAUGCUAUAUAGACUGAUGUCAAUCAAGAGUGCUCACCUGACACAACUUACUUUCCAUCACAUCCAUUUUACUCAUGUUACAAUGUCUGUUGUACAAUCAUAAUUCUGUUUGAGUUCAGUGUAGACUGUACAGGAUAUUUUGAACUAAAUUAAAGCAAAGAGAUUUUGUUUGCA